AUGUCGAAACGAAACUGCAAGGAGGAUUUCGCAAAGUUCAAAGAAAGAAUCUCUAAAAAGAGAAGAAAAGAAGACACAACUUCCAAAUCGGAUAUGGACUAUAUUACAGUUCUAAGACUCUCCUCGCAUGUCGAAGGAAGGUAUCAAAAAUAUGCAAGGAUUGGGCCUUUAGCAAACGUUCCUCUCGGUCGAGAACCCACAAUCCAGAAUAUUAAAGAGGCUUGCAAGCGCUACUUCAACGUGGAAGAUGGAUCUCACUGUGAUAUACUAGCUGGGGAGAGAGGACCAUCUUGGACAGAAACGAGUCAGAUAAAUAACUGGAAGGUAAUCCAUAUCCGUUUCAUUGAGGGGGGUGAUGAGUGCCAAUUGCGUGAUGAAAAGCCGGUAGAGAUCAGUUCCAGUCAACGGUGGAAAUCACAUGGGACCCCAAAGAAAACAACCCCUUCAAUGUCCACCAAAGUUGCAGCCUCUGUACCUUUGAGUGCUAUGCUUAAACUUGGCAAAAUAAUUCAACCUACUGAGGAAAUAGUUACAGUGCAGCUUGAAGAAUUCAAGAUAAAUGAAAAAGCAUGGGCUCAGCCGUUUGAAGCUACACUUUCUCUUUCCAAAGAAAAAUUUACAAGUGGCGGCGUCAGAAAUGCAUACAUUGCCACCCCCUGUCAGGCCUGA